GUCCUGUUUAUCUUCCUUUCUUUUCAUCUUCUCGGCGGGAUAUUCUAAUUUCAAGUUUGAUCUUCCCUCAAAUUUGCCCAAGUUUUAGUCUCUUUUUUAUUUAUCUUUUUCAUUUAUUUUUCGUGUUUUUGUUGGGUUCUUCUCAUAUUUUUUAUAGUCAUAUUGUUGUCAAUUAAUUUUCUCCUUGCUUAAUUUAUGCUCUCUCGCUUUUACUUUUUCUUAUGGGUUUUCUCCGGUGUUGCUUUAUUGUUUAUUAGAAAUCACAAUUUGGGGUGUAUUAGUUAGUUUCUAAUUAUUUUGAUUAUAAUUUCUUGCUAGAGCUUUUAGGUACAUAUUAGUAAUUGUGCCUGAUUUGCAUAUGUAUCAUGUCUCUUUGAUGAAUUUUGUCUUUGUUAUCAACUACUUAGUGCCCAAAAAAAAAAAGGUCUUAUGGAAAAUUUAACGUAUAAAAAAAUGACUGGAAGUAUGAAGUGGAUUGUGCACUUAAGUGUUUGUUGAUAUGCUCGAGUCAUCUUAGUUGGAGUAAUUAUAUUGUCUUUGACCUUUUUGGGUUGUAGCAGGAAAAUCUCUAGGUGUGACUGUGCAAAGACUCUCGUGAAGAAAGUUAAUUGGAGUAUUUCGAUUGAUGUGGUUCUUGAGCUUGCUCUUGAAUUUUGUUAAUGCAGCAACAUGACUUUUUAGCGGAGUUUCCUUUUUGCCGGUAGAUUCAAAAGACUAUUCAGCAUCAGAAAGUUCAUUGGCACUUUAUAUGAAAGUGACCGACUGUUCGGGAUAUACAAAUUUAUUUGUUAUUAGAUCAUAUAUUCAUAUUCAAGUCUUGUGAACCCUGCUGAAGCUGAAAGAGAAAUGAAUGAUGCUAAAAGAAUCUUUUGCCGGCGCACUCUAAGAGAGCUAAUUCUCUUAGAGAGUUUCACUCUUUGCUCAAGUUAAAAUAAUCCAGCAUGAUGUUAAUCGUGUUCGUGAGUCCGGCAAAAUCAAAGAUGACAUAGUGCCUCAUAGAGCCUCGUGUAUCUAGCACACGCCUUAACAACACAAAAUUUGAUUACUAAGGGAAUUUGACGCAGGUGACAGUUAUAUAGAGUUGUUGGUGGGGCUGUCAAAAUAUAUUGGCAGCCCUAUUUCUUCCAAGAAAAAACACAAGACCAACUUAAACAAAAGAGUGUCUUGCAGGAAAAUUAUUGUUGUUUGUAUGAGGGUUGUCUGAUAUUGGUGUGCAAAUUGGGGAAGGCUGUAUAUCAUCAUGGCUUCGUUUUCUGGAAUCCUCCAAAGACCUGUAGUUGCAGCAUCUGCAGUCGCUAUAGCUUCUGUAUCUACUGAUCUUCAUGAAAAAUUUUGGCCCUCAAAAUCGAUAGAGAAUUCUUCUUCUGAAGCAUUGCAAGAAAAGAUAACAUCAUGGGUGUCUCAGAUAUCCGUAUCUAAGCUUACCAAUUUGUCCUUCGUCACCAGAAUACGUGUUCCAAGUCCCAGCACCAGCACCAGUUCUGGUUCUGUUUCAAAUCUUUCGUGUUCUUCCCUAGGCACUUCUUCCGUGUUGGUCAAUUUUUAUCAAUCAGCAGCAUUGGCCAAGUCUGCAAAUCCAUCAACAUAUACUUAUACAGUUCCUUAUUCGCCUUCGGAGGUGUUGUAUAGAUGGCAUUUACCAGAGCCAAAUGCCGUUGAUAUUUCAGGGAAUUCUGAUUGUUCAUCAGUAAAGUCUAGGACUGUGGUAGUAUUGUUGGGAUGGUUAGGUGCAAAACAGAAGCAUCUAAAGAGAUAUGCAGAGUGGUAUGCCUCAAGAGGAUAUCAUGCCAUUAUAUUUACUUUCCCAAUGUCUGAGAUUCUUAGCUAUCAAGUCGGGGGAAAGGCAGAGCAGGAUAUAGAACUGCUUGUGAACCAUCUUGCUGAUUGGUUAGAAGAAGAGCAUGGAAAGAACUUGGUCUUCCACACUUUCAGUAACACGGGAUGGUUAACUUAUGGUGUCAUUUUGGAGAAGUUUCAGAAACAAGAUCCUAUUUUAAUGACAAGAAUCAAAGGUUGUAUUUUUGAUUCUGCUCCUGUAGCUGCUCCCGAUCCACAGGUAUGGGCUUCUGGAUUCUCUGCUGCCUUUUUAAAGAAGAAUAGUGUUGCAACCAAACGCAUCAUGACUUUAAGCAACAAAGAUGCAGAUGUGACAAUAGAAACCAAAACUUCUGCGGAUGCUAAGCCUGCGGUAACUGAAGCAGCUUUACUAGUAGUACUGGAGAAGUUCUUUGAGGUGGUUUUGAACCUUCCCGCCGUAAAUAGGAGACUUUAUAAUGUUCUAGAUCUAUUGACAUCUGGGCAACCAAGUUGCCCACAAUUGUACAUGUACAGUCAGCACUUUCUACACCUCAUGUUGAUCAUUUCAGAAAUGACCCAGAAUUAUAUACUUUACAGCUUACCCAAUUUCUUGAGGAUUCCAUUCUAAGCUCUUGCAAACAGUCUUCCUGAAUAAUUCCUAACCACAUUCAUUCUUUUAGCCUUUUCUUCACUUUUUACCAAAUACUUUGGUAAAACUUCUGUUUUCCAACUUUAAAACAGAUAUACAUUUAUAAUACAUUGGUGUAGGUUUGUUAAAUAUACAGUAAGAAUAAGAUUCUUUUAUUUUAUUUUAGUUGUUUCUGUGGUCUCCCAGCAAUAAAGUUGCUGCAUUGUAACCCAAUUUUAUAUAUUUAUGUAAUUAUGCUACAUGCCAUUCUUGAUAAUCUUGCCAUUGACCAUUUCUCCUUGGUAAGAGCACAGUUAGGAAAGAAACUAUUAACAUGGAUAAGCCUAACAACAGAUUCUACUCUUUACUUUCAAUGUUUUAAAUUGUUUAUCCACUUCUUUAGGAUUGUACAAAAUGAUGACUCCUUGCUA